AUGAGCGGAUCCGUUAUUUGGCGGCGAGUGCACGGCCGUCGGGCAAAAAUUCGAUGGAGGGGCGACUACAAGCGGGCGCGUGAAAAACGCGCCGCGCUAUUUUCGACACGGACACGCCACUCGACGGGCAUAAAUCUAAGUGCGCAGCCAGGCGCGCCCGUCGGACCUAGAUUGAGAUGUCAUUCGCGACGAUUUGUAAGCGCCGCGCCACCGGCGUCGCCUCCCGUGACUCCACGCGGCACGGAGGUG